AUGCUCUCGGGCCUCUCCCUUGCGUUUCUCGCUCUCGGCAGCUGGGUCUUCUGGCAGCUGCUGUCUUUCGUCCGUGCCCGCAUCGCUACGGCACACCUGAGGCGCAUCCCAGGGCCGCCGGCGGGUUCGUUCUUAGCUGGUAAUUUGAGCCAGUUCUUCGCACGCGACGCGGUUGGCUUCCAGACCCACAUCGCUCACGAUUUCGGCUCCGUUGUGAAGCUCGAUGGGUUCUUUGGUACUCCGAUCCUCUACGUCGCUGAUCCCAAGGCUCUUCACACCAUCCUCAUCAAAGAGGAGCAUAUCUUCCAUGAAGUCCCGGACUUCAUUUCGACUAACACAAUUAUAUUCGGUGCAAAUGCGCUGGUCUCCACUCUAGGCGCGCAGCAUAGCCGUCAGCGCAAGCUGCUCAAUCCUGUCUUCUCCGUCAGUCACAUGCGACACAUGCUUCCGCUCUUCUACAAUGUCGUCUACAAGCUCCGCGCCGCGAUCGAAUCCCGCGUCGGCGAGGACCAGCGCGAGAUCGACAUGCUCAACUGGAUGGGCCGCACGGCGCUCGAGCUCAUCGGCCAAGGCGGUCUCGGGCACUCGCUCGACCCACUCAUAGAGGACAGCACGAAUGCGUAUGGACAGGCACUGAAAUCGAUCGCUCCGGGAAUAUCUGAACUAAGGGUCCUCCGCCAAGUGACAAUCUACACUCGGCACAUCAUCCCGGCCUGGGUGCGGCGCGCCGUCGUGGACGUGUUCCCGCGCGGUACUACCGUGCACGCCGUCAAGGAGAUGGUGGACACCAUGGAUUUCCAUUCCCGCGCGAUCUAUGACGCGAAGAAGCUCGCAUUCCAAAAGGGCGACGCGGAAGUGGUGAAGCAGGUCGCGGAGGGCAAGGAUAUCAUGAGAUCCUCAGUGCGCCUCCAUCCUUCUCUGUACGUGUUGAACAAGUCUAAAUAUCUUCAAGUGCGCGCGAAUUCACUGGCGGACGCUGCGGACCGACUCUCGGAGGAAGAGGUCAUCCAGCAGAUGUCAUAUCCUCCGGUAACCAUAUUGUUCCGAGUCGCUACCCAGGACACCGUGCUGCCUCUGUCAGAGCCUAUCUAUGCCACAGACGGCACCAGGAUGGAUGAUAUCCCCCUCAUGAAAGGCUCGCAGGUCAUACUCGGCUUCUUCGGAUGCAACACCAGCAAGGCGCUCUGGGGCGAGGACGCACAUGAGUGGAAGCCCGAGCGAUGGUUGUCGCCACUUCCGUCUUCUGUUACGGAUGCUCGUAUCCCCGGUGUCUACUCCAACCUCGGCUUCAAGUUCUCGGAGAUGGAGAUGAGUGAGUUCAAUCUGCGCUCGUCGGCGACGAUUGCAAUCGCUGACACCCGACGCAGAGGUCGUGCUCUCCGUCCUCCUGACAGCGUUCACCUUCGAACGCCGGAGAAACCGAUCGUGUGGAACGUGGCGGGUGUAUGGUACCCGACUGCCGAGAAAGACAGUGCGAGGCCCGAGAUGCCUCUCAAGUUUGUCACGAUUCAAUCGAAUUGA